AUGUUGGAUAUUACACAAACGAUAAGGGCUCGGGGGUCUUGGGAAAACGGCGCAAAUGACGGUCGUGGGUGGCUCGGUCUCACGGAGGGUUCGUGGGUGGCUCGGUCUCGCAGAGAGGUCGUGGGUGGUGGCUCUGGUGAUGGGGUUGUGGCGGUUUCUCUCUGUGUUAACGGAGAAGAUGAAGAAUGUAGUGCUCAGACUUUUAUGGGUCAUGGAGGCAGGAGAAAAGGUUGUGGCAGAGUCAAGGUCGCCACCAAUGAUUCUGCUUUGGUGGAAGCUAUCGCUGAUGAUUAUUAUGAAGUCUUGGGCCUGCUCCCAGAUGCCACACCAGCACAUAUUAAAAAGGCUUAUUAUAAUUGCAUGAAGGCUUGUCAUCCGGAUUUGAGUGGCAAUGACGUAGAGACCAAUAAUUUAUGCAUGUUCAUUAACGAAGUCUAUGGGGUGCUCAGUGACCCCGUUCAGCGCAUGAUUUAUGAUAAAAUUCAUGGCUAUGCAUUGACUGCUAUGAACCCAUUCUUUGAUGAUUCAAGCACGAAGGAUUAUGCUUUUGUAGACGAGUUUAGCUGCAUAGGUUUGGGAUAUGUAGAGCAAUGACGAAGUUGCCUCGAUUGCUUGGGAAGCGAAGAGCGAGGAGGGAGCAUCAAGAGCGGUGGUUGAAGCGGCCAUCGAAGCGUGGAAAAGAAAGUCCCCUUAUGCCAAAAUGGACGACUGCACUGUGACUUGCCUCUUCUUUCAGAAGUAACAUUAUCCUAGUAUGUUCAUAGUAUAUUAAGAGUUAAUUAGUAUAAUGAGUUGAACUGUGAUUUUAUUGGAUUGUCAUGUCUUGUUUGCAGGUUUUUAAAAUUUGGGGAUGUCCGAUUUGUAGUUGUUGUGCUGCCCGUUUUUCUAGAAAUUUACACACUCUUGUCUAGUUAAUUUUUAUAAAAAUCACUCGUUUUAUAUAUCA